AAAGAUCGUUCACGGCAAAGACGAAUUUAAAUAUUGCCUUUAAUAAGGGUCGAGAUACCAAAAUGGAGAGUUUUCUGUGCACUUUAGAUGAAGACUUCUUGGAAUUCUGCGACAAUAUGGAAGGUUACUGCGACGUACCUCUCGAUUCGCCGUGCUCAAAUUUAUCCGAUCAGGAAAACAUUGGUAUAAACUCAUUCGAUCUCGGUCGAAAACUUAAGAAGCCCGUGAAGCGAAUGGAGCAGAGACGAGCGGCAAACAUGCGGGAGAGACGGCGCAUGAGGUCGAUCAAUGACGCCUUUGACACCUUAAGGACGUGCAUCCCCACCCAGGUGAACGGAGACCGGAGGCUGUCAAAAGUCGACACACUUCGAUUGGCUAUCCGAUAUAUCGGAUACCUUGGGGAGCUGCUGGAAAAGUACGACCAGUGUGGGGCAGACAGCAAAAAUAACCCUAUGGGACAACGGGCGGAGAAGAUUAUUGUCAGGUGUAAUUUGUCAGAUGUUUUAUCCACGGACGAGCAAGAUGGCGGUUUGUUGGGACAUUCUCUGUCAUGGGUAGACGACAAGUUACCAAAACUGACUGCUAAUAAUAGAUUCUCUGCCAAAGUUUGGGUGCCAGAGUUAGCUAACGAAGCUGAUCUCGUGUCGCUUACCACACUCACAACAGAGUAUACGAUACAAUAA